AUGAACCUCAUUCCCGCCACCGCUAAUAGGGGGCACCGGCCCUACCGCUGGAAAAAGCGCAAGGAUUACAACCUGGGAUACUUCUCGCCAGACGAGGAUUCACCGCCUUCAUCUCCCACAUCAAACUCUUCGCAUACAAGCGGCAUGAGGGCUUAUGCAUACCGACGAAGUGCGUUCUAUUUCCUCAAGGACGUGCACUCCUGGAGGCGCCCCCCAAGAUUAUCUAUCGAGUACAGCCACUGCCUGGAGUUCAUUCCGCUUCGGGACGUGUACACUCGGGGAAGGGCGUCUAAGAGAACUGACGCUGGCAAUGUCGAGCGCCUUGAGCCCCCGCCCUCUCCCUACCUCCCGAUCGACCCCGUCCUCGACAUUUACUGGACCGGCUUCCUGUUCGUCGUUGCCAACACCACCCUGCUGAAGCCCCGGAUGAUUCGCUUCUGGGAGAACGGCGACGUGCCUAGCGAGCACACCACUUUGCCCAAAUGCCCCUUCUCGACGGAGUGUGUCGUGCUAUUCGCGUGGGAUCCGUUCGGGGCACCCACCUCGGCGAUGGCGCGCGGCUCGCCAUUUGAGGAUCUCCCCACCGGCACGCGCAAGAUGGUCAUCAACCUGGACCACCGCUCCAUCAUUCCUUGCACGGUACAUCCAAUGGAAUCGACGCUCGAUGUGAGCUUUAUUGACGACUGCCCGACCCUCGAGGAGAUCGUGUAUGUCCUGGCGUCGCUCAACCCCACAGAGAGCCUGGACAACCUGUGCAUGCGGAUCGCGGGGUCGAUCGCAUGCUUCGUGCAAGGCACAAAUCGUCCAAUUAAGCGCACCUUCGUCAACUUCGACUCCCUUCCAGCCUAUGCUGGUCGCUCGAUUACCAUUCCUUUUGGUCUUGAGGAACUGGAAGACCACGUCGUCAAAUUCGCGGAUGGUGUCUCGUUCCAGGACCGUGUCCGCUCGGUCAUGUCGUUGUGGAACAGUGACGAGCCUCGCCCCUCUCCCAUUGGUCCAGUGGAGUAUCUCACGACGGCGGAGUACAUCGCGAGGGUUGGGACAGAAACAUAUCGACUGGAAACGAUGGAGCCUGAAAAUGCAGAGGAAGAGGAGUCGCCGUUUCUGCGCUCUUCGCGAGCGUCCUCUUCUACUGCGCAGUUCACCUCUUCGUCCUCCUCUUCCUCCUUUUCUUGUUCCUCCUCUUCUUCUCUCCACUCUUCUGACGAGCAUGAAAGUUGA